GUGUCUACAAGCUCUUAAUUAACUCAAGUCUUUCUCUCUUUUCCUUCCCCGUGUCUGAUAUUCAGUGAGAGAAAGAGAGCAUAGAUUCAAGAAAUGAAUAUGAUCUGGGCAGGUAUUAGGCUACUACUGAUGAUAGUGUUGCUGGGAUAUGCUAUGGUGUGGAUUAUGAGGCCCACCAAAACAUUCAAGGAAAUAUGGCUCCCUAAUAUCCGAAAGAAGCUUAAUUCGUCUACUUAUUUUGGAACGCAAGGCACGGGAUUUUUGGUUUUCUCGUUUCCCAUCCUCUUUGUUGCUGUUGUGGGCUGUGUUUAUCUCCAUUUCAGGAAGAGGUCUAAGGACAGAAAGCUAGAAAGCAAUGGCAAAAAGAAUCGUCUGGUCACGUUGAAAAAGCCGAUGCUGGUAAAAGGCCCUCUAGGCAUUGUUUCUGGCACAGAGCUAGCCUUCUUGAUCAUGUUCGUGGCCCUAUUAAUUUGGUCAUUCUCAGUUUAUUUACUUAAUGGCUUUGCUACGAUCACCCCACAAUCAGCAGCAAAAAAGGGAUUGAAAGAAUGGCAAGCUAAAUUGGCCAGUGCAUCUCUGAGUCUAGGGCUUCUGGGAAAUAUAUGCCUUGCGCUUCUUUUCUUACCGGUGGCUCGAGGAUCAUCACUGCUGCCAUUGUUCGGUCUUCCUUCUGAGGCUAGCAUCAAGUACCACAUAUGGCUAGGUCACACGGUUCUGGUCUUCUUCACUGCUCAUGGACUUGGUUACAUCACAUUAUGGGCUGUCAAAAAUCAAAUUUCAGCGAUGCUAGAAUGGGCUAGAGAUGAUGUAUCCAAUGUGGCUGGAGAGCUAUCUUUGUUGUCUGGACUUGUCAUGUGGGCAACAACCUACCCUGGCAUCAGGCGGAAAAUGUUCGAGCUCUUCUUUUACACCCAUUACCUCUACAUCCUCUUCAUGGUUUUCUUUAUAUUCCAUGUUGGUAUCUCUUUUGCCUGCCUUAUGCUACCUGGAUUUUACCUCUUCUUGGUUGAUCGUUUCUUGAGAUUCUUACAAUCACGACAAAGAGUUCGCCUAGUUUCAGCCCGGAUUCUGCCGUGUGAUACUGUAGAACUCAACUUCUCUAAGAAUCCAAGGUUGAGUUAUAAUCCCACGAGCAUUUUGUUUAUCAAUGUGCCUAGCAUUUCUGGCCUGCAGUGGCAUCCUUUUACCAUCACUUCUAAUAGCAACCUGGAGCCUGAAAAGUUGAGUGUUGUCAUUAAGAGUGAUGGAAGUUGGACCCGGAAGCUACACCAGAUGCUUUCUUCACCUUCUUCAAUUGAUCGUCUUGAGGUCUCAGUUGAAGGACCAUAUGGACCUGCUUCAACACAUUUUAUAAGGCAUGACCAACUAGUGAUGGUAAGUGGAGGCAGUGGCAUUGCCCCUUUCAUUUCUAUAAUCCGAGAACUCAUCUUUGCGAGCACAACAUACAAAUGCAAGACACCUGAAGUACUCCUAGUUUGCGCAUUCAAGAAAUCUUCAGAACUCACCAUGCUAGACCUCCUGCUUCCAAUAUCUGGCAGCCCAUCAGAUAUUUCCAAGCUGCAGUUAAAAAUUGAGGCUUUUGUAACAAGAGAGAAAGGGCCGACAACGGAUAGCUCGAAGACCCCUCGAGCCAUAUGGUUCAAUCCCCACGCAACUGAUGCACCUAUAUCUGCCAUUUUAGGCCCCAAAAGCUGGCUCUGGCUCGGCGCUAUCAUAUCAUCUUCUUUCAUCAUUUUCCUCAUUAUAAUUGGCCUUAUUACUGGCUACUACAUCUACCCAAUCGAUCAAAACACCGAGGGGGGUUUCCCAUUGGCCUUUAGAUCUUUUCUCAACAUGUUAGUUAUUUGCAUAUGCAUAGCCAUGACAGCAAGUGCAGCUGUUCUUUGGAACAAGAAACAAAAUGCGAGGGAUGUUAAGCAGAUUCAGAACGUGGAAGGGCCAACACCAGCCGGAUCACCUCAGUCAUGGGUGUACAGAGCUGACAGAGAAUUGGAAAGUGUCCCUCAUCAGUCUCUUUUCCAGGCUAUUAAUGUGCACUAUGGUGAAAGGCCUGACCUAAAGAAAAUCCUGUUUGAAUGCAAAGGAUCAAGUGUGGGGGUUCUUGCCAGUGGUCCAAAGAUGAUGAGACAUGGGAUUGCAAACAUCUGUUCAUCUGGUUUAGCAGAUAAUCUGCACUUCGAAUCCAUUAGCUUUACCUGGUGAUUUUGCUCACCCUUGCCGAAGGUGUCUGUUCUACUUUACAAUCGCUUUCCGCUUCCUUUUUUCUUUUCUUUUUUACAGCCGGUGUUCUUCUCCCUGUAUUAUCAAGAUGUGUAAUAUUAUCCUUUUCUCUUUUUUUUCCUGAACAAAUCAUAUGUAAUAUCUGAUGUAGAUUUUCUGAUCGAAAAGAAUAAAAUCGAUGUGUUAGUAGCC